AUGGCCAUAUACAGCUACCUCCCGCCGUCCUCCUCCUCCUCCCGCUCCGACGUCGCGAAACGCAGGAGCCAGCAGCACCGCCGCCGCAGCGGCGGCGGAUUCCGGCGACGGUGCGUGGUGCUGGUGAAGCAGCAGAAGACGCGGUUCUACAUCUUCGGCCGCUGCAUCUCCAUGCUCCUCUGCUGGCACGACCACGCCAUCCGCGACUGA